AUGGUGCAACAGCGCUUCCAGGAUGCCCUGGAUCGCUUUGUCUCAGGGAACCUGGACGAGCUGGGCUUGUACGUAGAGACUGAAUGGGAGACGCGCUGGGUAUGGCCAUAUGAAAACUACUUGCCCGUAUUGCGCGUGUGCCGUAAGUAUCACAUCCCGCUCGUCGCGCUCUCGCUCAAUUCCGAGGUGCUCAGCAAGGUCAAGGCAGAGGGAGGGAUUGAAAACUUGUCUGCAGAGGAGAUGCGCGCACACAUAGGGGAUCCGGCAGCUUUUGUCACGAUUUCCAAACUCCCGGCCUUCAAGAGGUACAUUAGCGAGAUUAUCACCCCGAGCUAUGCCUCACAUUAUAGGAGGGGCUUGCUUCCAAACACGGCCAACUUUGCCUCGUUUUACACGGCCCGUGUGUUAAGAGAUGAAGCCAUGGCCACCUGCACAGUGCAGGCGAUGCAGGCAAACCCGGAUGCCGUCAUGCUUUGCUUGAUGGGCAGCGACCAUGUCAAGUUUGAGUACGGCGUCAAGGCGAGAAUCGAGGCUCAGCUUUUGGGGAUUGAGAGGCGCGCCAACAAGGCCAGGGAGGCCGAGGGGGUGAGCCCAGUCCUUCAGCCCCCACCAAAGCUCAGGUCGGUUAUGCUCAACCCUGGCCCGGCCGAUGCGUACGAUCCGCGAGAUAAGUCACUCAAAUUGGAGAUGGCCGUGGAAGGUAACCCUGUACCUAUUGCCGAUUAUUUAUGGUUCAGCUCGGUGGCGGAUGCCAAGCCGAGGCGACGGGUGAGAGAGUGGGUGUUGCCCCCCGUCGAGUUCUUGACGGCGAUGUAG